AUGACGUGGUCAUUGCUUCAGUGGGGAGGUUCUAGAAGGUUGACAUUGAAUGGCAGGGACCGGGUUUGUUACCGGGUUCAGGAAUGUGGGCUGGGUCCGGGUUGUUGUGAGGUGUAUUGGGGAGUUGGGGAGAGGAGUGGUAAUAAUAGGGGUGGGAGGAGAGGGAAGGGGAGAUGUGGGUGUGGGUGUGGGGUUGAUGAGGAAGGGGAGAGUGAGGUUUGCGAUUCCGAGGGGUUUAGUGAUGUUGAGGCUGUGUUGAGUUUGUUGAGUGAGGAAGUUGGGGAGGAGUGGUUUGGUAGGGGGAGGAAUGGGUUUAAGAGAGUGGAGGUUGAAGGGAGGAGGAGGAGAAAUGUGGGUUUGUCGAAGAGGGUGGAAGAGGAGAGUAGGAGGAGUUUGGGUGGUGGUAGGAGAAAUGUGAGUUUGUCAAAGAGAGUGGAAGAGGAGAGUAGGAGGAGUUUGGGUGGUGAAAAGAGAAAUGUGAGCUUGUCGAAGAGAGUAGAAGAGGAAAGUAGGAGGAGUUUGGGUGGUGGUAAGAGAAAUGCGAGUUUGUCAAAUAGAGUGGCGGAGGAGAGUAGGAGGAGUUUGGGUGGUAGAGAUAAAGGUGAGAGUUCUGGUAAGGGGAGAGAGAAAAUUGAGAGUGUAUCGAAGGGAGUGCAAGUUGAUUUUGAAGAAAAUGAUAGGAGUGAGUGUAGCAGUGGGGAGAAGAGAAGUAAUGGUAGGUACUCAUCUAUGGAGAGUAAUUCAAAGCACCGAUUGGAAUCAACCAGAGUCGAGUUAAGUGAAAAGGAUUCUAGACAGAGAGAAGUGACGGGAAUGCUUUUAAGAGCUGACAAUCACAGGGGAAGGAAAGAGGGUUCCAGUAGUUCAUCUUAUUACUCCUUGUCAUCUUCAGGGGAUUUUGGAAAUGAGGUUGAUGUCAGGGAUAAUCAUGGCCUUCUGGAGGAACGUAAGUAUAAGGAUUCACAGUAUGAUAGAGGUAGAUACAAUGGGCGAAUCAGUGAAGAGUACAGGAACCGUAAAGAUGAUGCCGAGGUCGGUAGUGAAAUAUCGAAGCACAGAAAUAAUGUAGUUGAGGGGAGUGGUAUGUGGGAUUGGAGGAAGAAGUCAGAAAAGAAGCUUACAGAAGUAGUGAUUGAAGAAGCACAUGCAUCAAAGAAAUCCGCAGAAAUGCAUUCAAGAGUAAUGAAGACCAAUGAAAGUGAGUUAGCAAAGGCCUCUGGGUCACAAAAGCAGUUUGAUGAUGAGAGGGGGAAUUCAUAUUGGACUCGGGAAACAAAAGUACAAUAUAGUCAAACAGGGAACCAAGUUCUUGAGACUGAAUCUAGAAGAACACUUCAAGAAGGCAAAGAGAAAUCAGAAGUCCAUAGAACUGAUACUGAAACAACAUCCCGGUCCCAACAGAGACACAGUGACAAGGAACAAAACCUAGCUACAGCUACGAACAUAGUACAGGAGACAAGAGAUGAGCAUUACAAGACAACUGGCCGUAUCACUCAAAGGGAAGAUAUUAAUAUUGACAUCCAGAAGCUUUCAAGAAUUUCACAAGUUCAAGUUGUUGAUACCGAAAGGACCUCCAAUUGGCAGAGGCAGUCUGAUACUGGGACUAACCAGGAAGAACGCAAAAAUAUGGAGAUGAUUUCAGUUGAGGGGACUGAAGAGCAAUGCCACCAAAUAGGGCAUCAGUUAGAUCAAAAUGCUAUUCAGAGAGUUCAAUCCAGAAAAGGAACCAAUGAUGUUGCUGAAAGAAUGCAGAGAAAUAAUCGAACUGAUGAGAAGCUCAUGCAAGUUAAAGCAAGAAAAGCCGCCGAAAGUUCUACAAUAGUAUCAACUUUUCAGGAAAAAGACUCGGAAGAACCUUCUAGUUUCCAAGCAUCCAUGAGUAUGGUUUCUGAAGCUAGAAUGCAACGGGAGGAGGUUGAGGAGCAUAAGAGAAGUCUACAGGCACCACUGUUACCUCCCCCUCCUCAAUUGAUUGCUAGAGGACCAGUACCGGUGGAGUUGUUGAGUGAGACUGCAAGUCAGGAAGUUUCUGGAGAAACUUCAGAGAGUAAUUCAGCUGUGAAAUAUGAAUCUUCUGGUGGAAACAAUAACACCGAGACUCCAGCGGAGAUUUUAUACCUCAAUAAUCCUGAAGAUGCUUUGGGUUCAGCUCAUCGGUCGGAGGAAUCAUCUUCACAGUUUGUUGGGGAUUUCUUUGAGAAAAUUAGGUAUGGAGUCUCAACUUCUGAAAACCAGACUGCAAAGAGAGUCUCUGGAGCAGAUUUGGUGUAUGGAGGUGAGAAGUAUGGGCAAAAGACUUUGACUUCGUCAUGCAGCCCAACUGGAAAUGAUGAGACUCAUGGGGAGACUUCCUACCUCACUAAUCCUGAAGAUGCUUUGGGUUCGGCUCAGCGUUUCGAUAAGUCAUCUUCACAGUUUGUUGGGGAGUUCUCUAAGAAGGUAAGGCAUGAAGCCUCAACUUCUGAAGAGUAUGGCAUGGAGACGGUUUCUGAAGCACACUGGGUGCCUGGAGGUAAGAAGCAUGGGCAGAGAACUCCUAGUCAAUUUGGGUCUGAAGAUUUGCAGCUGAAGGGGAACGUGUCAAGGCGUUCGUCUGGAGGUUCUGGAUCCAAGGGGCCUUCAAUUGAAAUGUGGGAUGUGGCCGACACAUCUACUCUUAAAAGCCCGGAGGAAGAAAAACCAGUAGCUACUACAGAUGGUGAAAAAUCAGAGGCUACUACAGCAAGUGAAAAAUCAGAGGCUACUACAGCAAGUGGAAAAUCAGAGGCUACUACAACAAGUGGGAAUGCCGUUGCCAAGAGAACUGGCCGGUCCAUAUGGAAUCUUGUUGCAGAUAUAGUUAAGCUGAGGUGGACUCCUCAUGCUGAGACCCAUCCUUCUGCUGUGAGGUCAGGUGAAAAGAUUUCAUCAACUGAAUCUGCAAGUAGUGAGGCAUGGUUUUCAGGCCGUGAGACUGAGGAGAGCAGCGAAAAGAAUGUGAAAUGGGAUAAAGGCUUGCAACCAGAGACCACCACUGAUCAGCUACAACCCGUGAAAUCAUUUUCUCAAACUGAAAAAGCGUCUGGCACUGUGAAGUCGAAGGACAAAGUAAGAUAUCUUGAAACAGGUAUGACAUCUUCUCCAUAUAAAGAGGGAAGUAGGUUGACAUCAAAAUCCGUUUCCCUGUCUUCUGGUGAGGAGACGUUGAGCCCAAAAGAUUAUCAAAAGAAUCUUCGAGGUUCUUCUGGCAUUCAAAUAGUUGAAUCAUCACAACCAGAAGUUGCUACUGGCAUAAAGUCUCCCGUUGUUGAAGAAAUUUCAAAUGCUGGUUACACUGUCUCUGGAAGCGGUUCAGAGGAGAACAGAGACCAUUUUGGUCAUCAGAACUUUGAUGAAGAGUCAGACAAUGUGCCAAAGGAUGCAGAAUUGAAACAAAGGAAGCUUCAUAGGAAUAAACAAGUCAUGAAAGAUAGAUUUGAUGAAUGGGAAGAAGCUCAUACUCGUGAAAUUGAACAGAGAAAAACUGAUGAAUAUUUUAUGAGAGAAGCACUGCUGGAAGCGAAGAAAGCUGCUGAUGCUUGGGAGGUUCCUGUUGGUGCUGUAGUGGUACAGCAGGGGAAGAUUAUUGCACGUGGAUUUAACCUAGUGGAAGAAUUACGAGAUUCAACGGCCCAUGCUGAAAUGAUAUGCAUAAGGGAGGCUUCAAACGUUCUUCGGAGUUGGAGGCUUGCGGAGUGUACACUUUAUGUAACACUUGAACCCUGCCCUAUGUGUGCUGGAGCAAUAUAUCAAGCAAGAGUGGACACUGUUGUAUGGGGAGCUCCUAAUAAGCUUCUUGGAGCUGACGGGAGCUGGAUAAGACUUUUUCCUGAUGGGAGCCAAGGAAGUGAAUCGGAACGGUCAGACAAGCCAGCUGCGCCAGUCCACCCAUUCCACCCGAACAUAACCAUCAGACGAAGCGUGUUGGCAUCAGACUGCGCAGAUAUAAUGCAGCAAUUCUUCCAGCUGAGAAGAAAAAAGAAAGAAAAGAGGCAAUCAACCCCACCAGCACCUCCCUCAACCCAAGCUGUUUCUCACCAUCCACGGAAGAUACUUACCAAGCUGCAUGACAUCUUCCACAUUAUGUUCUGUUUAUGAGAGAUGGUAGAAUGUCCUGGAUUCCUUGUACACAAUGUCACAAAUCUGUGUUAAAAUUUUGCCCCCGUAGAAAAUUAUUAUUGCCGCAAAUGUUUCAGUGUUGUGUCAAUGUACAUGUUAUCAGCAUUGACAAAUUGGCCUUGUGGUAAAUAGUGAGGUGGUCCGUAGUAUCAUAGCAUUAACAAUAUAACACGUCUCAUGUGCAGUUGCAUCG